UAUUUUGUGCAUAUAUAUAGGUGUCUCUGCCUUCCUCAAAACUUAGUCUUAUAUCCACAUUCAUCUCUUUCUGUGGUCUCUGAUCUAUCAUAUUUGUAGAUCGAUCAAAGAAACCGAUCAGUAUGGUGCUCUCCAAAACCGCAUCGCAGUCAGAUGUCUCUGUCCACUCCACCUUCGCUUCGCGAUACGUUCGAACUUCUCUUCCAAGGUUCAGAAUGGGAGAGAACUCGAUCCCGAAGGAGGCGGCUUAUCAGAUCAUAAACGACGAGCUGAUGCUGGACGGAAAUCCACGGCUGAACCUGGCGUCGUUCGUGACGACGUGGAUGGAGCCGGAAUGCGAUAAACUCAUUAUGUCCUCCAUCAACAAGAACUACGUCGAUAUGGAUGAGUACCCUGUCACCACUGAGCUCCAGAAUCGGUGCGUGAACAUGAUAGCUCAUCUAUUCAAUGCACCACUCGGAGAAUCAGAGGCGGCCGUUGGAGUCGGCACAGUGGGAUCUUCCGAGGCCAUCAUGUUGGCCGGAUUGGCAUUCAAGAGGAGGUGGCAGAACAAGAGGAGAGCUGAGGGGAAACCGGUCGACAAGCCCAACAUUGUCACCGGAGCUAAUGUUCAGGUGUGCUGGGAGAAAUUUGCAAGGUACUUUGAGGUGGAGUUGAAGGAGGUGAAGUUGAGGGAUGAUUACUACGUAAUGGACCCCGAGAAAGCUGUGGAGAUGGUUGAUGAGAACACCAUCUGCGUUGCUGCUAUCCUCGGUUCCACUCUUAAUGGCGAGUUCGAAGACGUCAAGCGCUUGAAUGAUCUCCUGGUUGAGAAAAACCAGGAAACUGGAUGGGAUACUCCGAUCCAUGUAGACGCCGCGAGUGGUGGGUUCAUUGCUCCGUUUUUAUACCCAGAACUCGAGUGGGAUUUCCGUUUGCCGCUGGUGAAGAGCAUCAACGUGAGCGGGCACAAGUACGGACUUGUGUAUGCCGGAAUUGGGUGGGUCAUUUGGAGGAACAAAGAGGACUUGCCUGAGGAGCUCAUCUUCCAUAUCAACUACCUUGGAGCAGAUCAACCUACCUUCACCCUCAAUUUCUCUAAAGGAUCCAGCCAAGUUAUUGCUCAGUAUUACCAACUAAUUCGCUUGGGUUUUGAGGGAUACAGGAACAUCAUGGAAAAUUGUCGUGAAAAUAUGAUUGUACUAAGAGAAGGACUCGAGAAGACAGGUCGCUUCAAGAUCGUCUCCAAGGACGAGGGAGUACCUCUGGUGGCUUUUUCUCUCAAAGAUAACCACUGCCACGAUGAGUUUGAGAUCUCUGAUUUGUUGCGUCGCUACGGGUGGAUUGUGCCAGCAUACACUAUGCCGGCAGAUGCUCAGCAUGUCACCGUGCUGCGUGUGGUCAUCAGAGAAGACUUUUCUCACACUCUUGCUGAGCGCCUGGUCAAUGACAUCCAGAAAGUUCUGCAUGAGCUCGACCACCUUCCAUCAAAGCUCAGCUCCAACAGUUCCAUUGAAAGCCAAUCGGUUGAGAAUAAUGAGAAGUCCACCGUUACCACGAAGAAGAGUGCUUUGGAGACACAGAGGGAAAUCACUACCAUUUGGAGGAAGUUUGUUAUGGAGAAGAAGAAGAUAACCGGUGUUUGUUAGAAAAAGGAAGAAGAAUCGAAGGUCAAGAAGCUGAUUAUUGAAGUCGGUUUAGUUGGCUACUCAUGUUAUUAACUUAAUAAGAUUGAGUGUGUAAUGAUCAUAAUUCUAUUCUAUGUCUUUCAAUUUCAAUUCAACUGGGAUUAAUUUUCAUUAUUUUCUAAUCCCUAGCUCUUCUUGUUUGGUGUGUAAACUUAUUUAAUUUGUUCAAUUGAAAAUUGACAAUGCUUAAUCAAA